AUGAUCCCCAGCACGGGCCCCUGGGGCUGCUGCCUGCUCCUGCUGCUCUGCCUCCUGCCCUGCCCGCAGGUCUGGGCAGGCAGGGACAGCCCCGGAGUCUCCGCAGCCUCCUUCCUGCAGGAUCUGCUCCAACGCUACGGAGAGAGCCAGACCUUGAGCCUGAAGGCGGCACGCCUGGACGUGGGAUGGGGACAUGCCAACGUCUCCCAGACACCACAGCAGCGCCUGAACCUCUCCCGGUGCUUCAGCUCCGUGGAGCUUUUUGCCAUCCACAACCUGAGCGAGGGCUCUGCCGUGGGGCACAGCGAGUUCAAGGAGUUCUGCCCCACCAUCCUGCAGCAGUUGGAGUCGGGAGCGUGCGCCGCCGAAAACCUGGAGAAUGAGGAAAACGAGCAGACAGAGGAGAGCAGACCCAGCUCAGCUGAAGUUUGGGGUUUCGGGUUCCUCUGCGUCACCGUCAUCUCCCUGUGCUCGCUGGUGGGAGCCAGCGUGGUGCCCUUCAUGAAGAAGACCUUUUACAAGCGGCUGCUCCUCUACUUCAUAGCUCUGGCGAUUGGAACUCUCUACUCCAACGCCCUCUUCCAGCUCAUUCCCGAGGCGUUUGGAUUCAACCCUCAGGAAGACUAUUAUGUUUCCAAAUCUGCUGUGGUGUUCGGGGGCUUCUACCUCUUCUUCUUCACAGAGAAGGUCCUGAAGAUGCUCCUGAAGCAGAAGGACCAGCAUCACCAUGGGCACAGCCACUAUGGCCCUGAGGCUCUGCCCUCCAAGAAGGACCAGGAGGAGGGAGUCACGGAGAAGCUCCAGAACGGGGACCUGGACCACAUGAUCCCACACAUAAACAAUGAACUGGAGUGCAAGGCCCCCCCUGGGGAUGAGAAGGCUGUGGUGGCCUCCCUCUCUGUCCAGGACCUGCAGGCCUCGCAGAGCGCGUGCUACUGGCUGAAGGAGGUGAGGUACUCGGACAUCGGCACUCUGGCGUGGAUGAUCACCCUCAGCGAUGGCCUCCACAACUUCAUCGACGGCUUGGCCAUCGGCGCCUCCUUCACCGUCUCCGUCUUCCAAGGGAUCAGCACCUCCGUGGCCAUCCUCUGCGAGGAGUUCCCACACGAGCUGGGAGAUUUUGUCAUCCUGCUCAACGCUGGGAUGACCAUCCGCCAAGCUCUCUUCUUCAACUUCAUCUCUGCCUGCUGCUGCUACGUGGGCUUGGCCUUCGGCGUCGUGGCCGGGAGCCACUUCUCUGCCAACUGGAUCUUCGCUCUGGCUGGAGGGAUGUUCCUGUACAUAGCACUGGCUGACAUGUUCCCCGAGAUGAACGAGGUGAGCCGUGAGGACGAGCAGAACGGCAGCGCGCUCAUCGCCUUCGCCAUCCAGAACGCAGGGCUGCUGACAGGCUUCACCAUCAUGGUGCUGCUCACCAUGUACUCUGGCCAGAUCCAGAUAGGGUAG